CACCGGAAGUUCCGUUGGUUCUUGCUCCAGCAGCAGAGUUUGUGAGCCGAUAGAAGAGAGAUGUGCGCUGUUUUGAACGUCUGAUCCUUCAUGUGUUUCAUUCCCCUGUGAACAUGACCUGAAUCAUUACAUGAGCGACUCGGUCGAAUAAGUUCUCGGCGGUGGGAUGCGCAGCUGGAGGUGGUUCCUCUCCAGAGUCAUGCGUCUCUUCCUGCGCUGGUUCAGACUCUGUCCGAGACGAGGACGCAGGAAGCGGCCGAGCCGAUUACGGGACCUGUGGCACUAUUGGAGGGUGCUGCUGAAGUCCCUGUACUACAACGUGCUGACCAAUUCAGACACGGCGCUGGACUGUGUCUUUGAGCCCAUCUACUGGCUGGUGGACAACAUGACCCGCUGGUUUGGAGUGGUGUUUGUGUCUCUGGUGAUCGUCUUGACCAGCUCCGUGGUGAUCAUCGUGUAUCUGUGUGUGCUGCCCAUCAUCUUCAGCACGUACCCCGUUCACUGGAUCCUCUGGCACCUCUGUUACGGACACUGGAACCUGCUCAUGCUGGUCUAUCAUUACUAUAAAGCCACCACCACAUAUCCGGGGUUCCCGCCGCAGGAAAAGACUGAUAUCCCAACUGUUACGCUCUGUAAAAAAUGUAUCGUUCCCAAACCAGCUAGAACCCAUCACUGCAGCAUCUGCAGCCGAUGUAUUUUGAAAAUGGACCACCACUGUCCCUGGUUAAAUAACUGCGUGGGUCAUUUCAACCACCGUUACUUCUUCAGUUUCUGUCUGUUCAUGACCAUGGCCUGCAUCUACUGCAGCAUCAGUGCCAAAGACAUGUUCCUGGACGCUUACAACGCCAUCGAGAGCUCCUAUCAAACGCCUCCGCCUGCCUUCACCCGUCAGGAGAGGAUGGUUCAUAAGAGCCUGGUUUAUCUCUGGGUGUUGACCAGUUCGGUGGCUGUAGCGUUAGGAGGCCUGACACUGUGGCACGCAAUGCUGAUCAGCAGAGGAGAGACCAGCGUGGAGAGACACAUCAACCGCAAAGAGAGGAAGAGACUGCGACUGAAGGGCAAGGUUUUCCGUAAUCCGUACCACCGUGGAAAAAUUAACAAUUGGAAAAUAUUUUUUGGUGUUGAGAAGCAGAGUGACUGGCUGACACGAGUUCUGCUGCCCUCCGGUCAUCUUCCUCACGGGGACGGCCUGACGUGGGACUGUCCUUCACACAGGAACAACACCAUGGCCAUAUGACCUCACACAUAAUUCAUAUCAUGAACUCUAAUGACCGAAGGGGUCUCUGCAUCACUCCUGUCCUUUACAAAUGAACAAUCUCUUAUCAGAGUUCUUUUAACGGUCGCCUGCUGAAACGUGUUUAUGGUACUCCGUUUC